CCAGCUGGGGCUGGUGGCAGCUCCCCAGCCCUCGUUGGGGCGGAGGGCUCCGGAUCCGGCCCCAAUCCCGUCCUGCUGGGGCAUUCCCAGAGAGGUCCUGCCUUCCCUUCUUCCUCCUGCUCCCCUUCCUCUUCCAUUUCCUGCUCCUCUUCCUUCCCCUUCCUCUUCCACCCAGGGGCUGCUGGGUUUACUCAACAGGAAUUUGGUGAUGAGGGAGAUGAGGGUGAUGGAUGGAAGGACAGAUGGACGGAUGGACAGAUGGACGGAUGGAUGGCUGAUGGUUGGAUGGAUGGUUGGAUGGAUGGAUGGAUGGAUGGAUGGAUGGAUGGAUGGAUGGAUGGAUGGAUGGAUGGAUGGAUGAUGGUUGGAUGGACGGAGGGAUGGACAAAUGGACACAAACUCAAGCGUAUUUUGACUGAAAGCUUUCCUCAAGAGCCCUACGGAUGCCGAUCUCCCUUUGGCUGCUCCUUCCUUCGGAUUUCGGGAGUUCGUGACCCACUCAUUGCAACCCUGUGGCUCCACAUCCCCACCUGGCUUGCUCACAGGUGAAAGUCUCCUCCUCCACCCCAAACAAGGGGAUAUUUCUGUGUGGGGUCAACUGGAUUCAAAAAUCACUUAAAAACCCCCCAAAGCCACCGCCGAGCUCCAUGGCUGGGGCUCCCUUGGCACCGAGAACGUCCCUGACAUCCGGGCGGCAGCCGGAGCAUCUGUGCCGGAGGGCUCGGGGUGGCGGUGGGGAGGGAGAGAGGAAAUCUGGAACCCAUAAGCUCCAGAGCCGCUGGCGUUCCCCUGCAUUGGUCUGCGCCUGGUCCGCCCCCGCCCCGCUCGCCCUAUCAGCAGGAGCCGUUCCCGAAGUCAUCCCAGCGCCCUCCUCUCCUGGCCCAAAGGAGAAGCCAAGGAGCUCCUUGGAGGGCUCUGCGGGGCUCGGGGCGCCCGGGGAGCCCCAGGGCGAAUGCUCGGGGCCGCGCCUCGGGAGCCACCGCCGGCUCCUGCGCAGCCCAGGGAGCCGAGGAGAUGAAGGAGGAAAACCUUUCCCCGGAGUCCCCCGAGGGCAGCGCGGCCACCAGCGAGGACGAGGCCGAGCGGCUGCCCAGGAAGAGCGGCCGCAAGCGCGGGCAGGGCCCCGGCGGAGCCCCCUCGCCGCAGGGCAAGCGCAGCCGGCGCAGCCCGGCCCCGCAGCCCCCCGAGGACGCCCACGCCCAGCGCGUCAUCGCCAACGUGCGGGAGCGCCAGCGCACCCAGUCCCUCAACGACGCCUUCGCCGAGCUGCGCAAGAUCAUCCCCACGCUGCCCUCGGACAAGCUCAGCAAGAUCCAGACGCUCAAGCUGGCCGCUCGCUACAUCGACUUCCUGUGCCAGGUGCUGCAGAGCGACGAGCUGGACCACAAGGUCGCCGCCAGCUGCAACUUCCUGGCCCACGAGAGGCUCAGCUACGCCUUCUCCGUGUGGAGGAUGGAGGGCGCCUGGUCCAUGUCGGCGUCCCACUGAGCCGGGUCUCCGCCUCAAUGGAAGCAGCUCCAGCACCCCAAAUCCCGCAGGAUCCUCCCUGGAGAGAGGAGGGAAGGACCCCCAAGUCCCCAGGGACCCCAAACCCUUUGGGGAGGAGCCCGAGGGAGCAGCAGGAGCUGGCUGGAGUCGGGUCAGGCGCGGCUGGAGGCGCUCGGGGCUGGGAUUUGUUGUGGGCUCGCAGGUAAGGAACCACCCCCAGAUCCCAGGAGCCCUUCCCAGAGCUGCCUCGGGCUGGGAAAUUCCUCCAGGAUGAGGGAAGAGGAACGGCUGGAGCCCCCCAAGGAGCCCCCCCAAGGACCUCGGGGGUCCCCCCGCUCUCAUCCUGCUCCGAAGGCUCCGCGCCAGGACCAUCCCAUGGAUUGUGAUUCCAUGGAUUGUGAUCCCACGGAUUGUGUUCCCAUGGAUGAGGAUUCGGGGGGAUUUGGGGGCUGCUGGCCCCCCCCAGGCCCCCCUGCCCUGCAGAUGGGGCCCCACCAAGGCCCCAGCUCCCAAUUCCUCGGGAUUUCUCGGGAAUUGAGGCUGGAGACGGAGCCGCUGGGAAUUUUGGGAUUUUGGGGUCAUUUCAGGAACUCUGAGCGGGUUUGGGAUUUUUGGGGGUGUGGAGAGGGGACGAUGGAGGUCUUGGGGUGCCCAGAACACCCCAAUAAAGCCCAGGGGGAAUUUUCCAGGGCUCAAUCCUUGUUUUCCCUAGGGAAUGGCGCUGCUGGGUCCCCCCCGCACCUCCCUCGGCCCGGCCGCUUUUAUUGGAAUCAGGCAAAAAAAAACAAAUCAGUUUUUUGUCCUGUUAUGGCAGAAAAGGAGGGGAAAUCCCUUCCAGGGAGGCUGCCCCAGGCCUGAGCCCCCAGACAUUCCACGGGAGAGGAAUUCCAGUUGGGAUCAGAUUCGGGGCGCCCAGAGAAUCCACGGAGGGGCCACGGGAAGGCCCAGAGUGACUUUUCCUACCCAAUUCCCAAUUUUUAUGUGCAGAGGGAGUGGAUUCCCUGCGCCAGGGAGUAGAUUGCAGCCUUCCAAAAAAUCUGGAGGUGCUUAAAAAAGUCAAAAUUCCCCUAAAAACGGGGCUGCGGCGGCGGCUUCGCCUCACGGGAAGGAUUUUACAGCUGAGAAACAAAAUCGGCUUCAGAAGUCAAAACCUUCUUUCAAAAAACAAUAAAUUGUGCUUGAAAAAUAAAGGGAAAAAACUUUUCUGUGGAGUGAGA